AGGCUGUUCCCCAGCCCUGUUGUAGCCAACGACUCUAUAUAUCAGCCUGCACAGUUACCCAUUGUUCGUGAAUUAAACUUUUCUGCACGAUCAAUUCUUCACAUUGUCCUCUCAAAACGGUUCUCUGCAUUGUUCAACCGAGAAAUAAACUCUUUACGACUCGCACGCGACACCAGAGACCUGAACCUUCCCCGCCUCAACACCAUGUCUCUUAAGCGCAAGGCCUCGGUUCCCAGUCUCACAUCAUCCAAUCCUGCUCCUGUGUUGUCACGACCAUCAUUUGUGGCAGAUGAUUCUCCCAAGCACCUCCACAGUCGCACCCGCAAGCGCUUCAGGAACGAUCGCCCGGAUGACGAAGUAGUCUAUGAAAACACAAUGCGAUGGCUUUUUACGGCUCAACAACAACAACACCAAGCUCCCACUCCUUCCAUAGACGAGGACGAGGCAACUGAGCCAGAACCUGUACCAUCGUCCGAAAUUGUCGACCCUCGCCAACAGACAUUGCUCAAAUUCUUCCGACCUUCCCAAUCCACACCCUCCCACAUCCGCAUGAACAAGCUGGAUCAACAAUCGAACCAUGUCAUACCACUCCAGACAACCACCUUUCAAUCGCCCAACUUCAAUUUGUCCUCGCCAGUUACUUCGACUGGCUGGAGUACAAGUAGCCCAUCUUCGCAGCUCACGGGCAGUGAUAUGGACAUGCACUCGAUAACCAACGAGUCAGUCCAAGAACCUCGGAGACCAUUCGGAGGGUUUGGUUGGGCAUGAGUGCUCGAUCAUGUCCAGGGUGCAUUUCACCCAUAGCGUGCGAUACCGACGACAUUACUUCUUUUAGCGAUGAUACCUUGAGUUACCUUACA